CAAACCAGUGAGUGAAAGUACACCCGGUAGAGCGUCAUCGGACCAUCUAAUGAAGCCUCUCCGUUAGCCUCUGCUGCAUGCCCACCCACCUGUGUAGAAAUCCAUUCAGUUGACUAUCAGGCCCUCCUUAGACACCUGGGGGCUCUACGUACACGCGUACAUUUUCCACAAGCCCCAUUUUGGAAAUUCUUACAUCUUUUCCCACUUGGUAUCCACCUCUAUUACAUCCUCCCCGAUUUGUGAAGCCAAUUUCCUUGCCGUUAUCUUAAAACAAACACUUUACAAUGCAUUUGGUUAAAUGAUGUUCAUGAGUCUGUUCAUAUGUAGGCCUAGUGUGUGUCAGGAUGAAUCAUAAUUAAAACAGUAGGCUAACCUAUAGCCAUUAGCACUGUAGACCCUGGUGAUACCCAGAAAACUAUAGCAUGCAUUCCUGUAUCACAGUGUAAUUUUAGUAUUUAUGAUUCAUCCUGUUGGCCUAAUGUGUGAUCACUAAUUCUAAUUUAUGUAAUACAAUCAUCAGUUAAAAUCUACCGAAACACUGUUCCAUUGGGCUGUUGAUAUGAGGAUCGUGAGAAGGCAGUUAGCCUGCUGUAUGUGACGGUGGCAUGAAGCUGAACGAGCCAACUUCAUCUCUUACAUAUAGCCUACACCAUACUGCAUCUCCUAUUGUACUCUUCCCUUUACGUUUGGUCUUCCAACUGCCCCCGCCUGUCUUAAACUUUAAGAAAUCUCUGAAUUACCAGUGCAGGUCCUGGUCUAAUUGACAGUUUCGUUCACACUCCAGUGUUACAGCUUUUGCGCCAAUCCUCUCCCCUUCCCCGUUUUCAUCGCUUUCAUAAUUGCCACCAACAUAAUGACACAGUUGCUGUGGCAACCCUCUCUCUCUCUCUCUCUCUCUCUCUCUCUCUCUCUCUCUCUCUCUCUCUCUCUCUCUCUCACACACACACACAGAAAACACACUUUUUGUAUCUCGGAGGUUAUCCGCUGAAUGUAGCCUACCUAAUUUAUAAGUUUCCCCCGUUAUUAGGCUAUAGUUCAACCCUGCGUUGUAUGUUUUUUAAAUAAAAGAACAGUAGGCCUAGCUGAAUUCCUGAGCGAUAUUUUCUCCGAGCCAGUAAAAUGGAGGUCUUCAGGGUCAUUCAAUCAAAUAUGCAAAUGAAAUGGAGGGGAAUAAAGAUGAACGCCACCAGUUGAAUGGGUCUAAUGACCAGCAGCGCCGAGCAGCGCAGAGUUGAGAGUCUCAUCAGCACCAGUCUGAGCGACCAAUCACAGCGCUCCCCCACUGGCGGACCUCCGUGAGGCCAGUCGCAGUUAGGCGGUGUAACCUAUCUCGCUUGGAAAUUAUGAAGGGAACCAGCUUCAGUCGAUUCCAGAUGGAGAAAAGUUAAAUUGGGUGAUUUUUUUUGGUGACGCGUUUGUCAUUUUUGAGCAGCUGAAUUACUGCGUGUUCUCCAGGAUAGUUGCACUGUAACUUGAGCUGUAAAACAAACGAAAUUUGCCGUUGUGUAUGGUUGAAUCGCCUUGUCACAUGCACUAUCAGAAAAUCUCAGAACAUCUCGUCGGGACCGACUCUCUCUCUCUCUCUCUCUCUCUCUCUCUCUCUCUCUCUCUCUCUCUCUCUCUCUCUUGCUCGCGUUUUUUUCCCUCUUUCUGCCGUGAUAAUGGAUUAUCAAUAGCCGGAUGGAGACACAUCAAGAACGAUUGAGAUAUGCAGCACUUGUGAAAAAAAGCAUUUAAAACAGGUGGCAGAUCCAGCAACAGUUCAAGCUGUCCUGAUCCUCCUCUGCCACAAUAACAGGCUGCCAUCUGAGAAACGCUGAGAUACAGUGCGCAGGCUCUCCAAGCGCUGUUCUCCAGCAUCAAACCCCAGAGCAACGCACAGGUAAGGCACGACAUUAUGCACCUUUUAUUAAUGCAACACCAAUGACCGAAUUACACGCACAACUAUUUGAUACCUUAAUUGUGUGUUUCUGUCUGUAUGAAAAUUGAGUUGGGCUUCUGUUUAGACGCAUCAGCUGUGCUGGAGGCUGUUAAACAAAACAUUUUGAUGAAAGCUGCGCCACGGAAACAUAUUUAGGCUUUAUGAUGGGCAGACAUGUUUUUCAUCACUUAAACACUUUAAUCGACAGCACAUUGCGACAUUAUGAACAUAUUGAUAUUAGGACCGACACAUCCAGCCGGACUACACACACACACACACACACACACACACACACACACCGGCACGGAUACACCCACGCACUCUUAGCCUACUGAUACAUGCAAGUCAUUUCCAUAACCCGCAUGCUUGUUCAUUGCAAGUUGAAACUUAUGAACCUUGUGAAGGAUGGAUUGAAUUCCGAAGAGUCGAUGUCCAAAAUGCAAAGCCACUGCGCAGCAUGUAUUUUACUGAUAAGACUGAAGCUGCUCCGCUGCUCUCUCUGUAGCCUAAUUAAAUGUAUUUUUCAUCAAUAUACCUUGUAUUAUGGUUUCCCCCUUCAUUAAUUCACAUUUCAGUGCGUUUUUGCAACAGCGUGUCUCAAGAAAAAAAGAGGCCAUUUUGUUUCAUUUCCAACAAACACCUGUUGAAAUUGUUGCAUGCCCAGCAUCUGCACAGCUGGUCAGCAUCUUGCAAUGAAAGUAAGGGGAGCCGUUUGGUUAAUUUGCUUUGUUACAAUUGCUUGCAAUAGAAGGAAUCUUUGGAAAAGGUUUGUUUUCCCGUCCACUGGCCACGUAACUCAAGAAUGCAUCCUUACAGUUCUGAAUGGGUUGCCCUUCACCCUUUAGUUCCCAUCCUCUCUCUUUCUCCCUCUCUACUGCAUUGCUUCAAUAGCACAGUAUAGAAAUACGUACAGGAAAACAUUUGCUCCUUUUGUAUGUUGAGUCCCUUUGCUGAAAAGAUGUGAUAUUAGACUUCAGGCUUUUGGGUGCAGGAGGACUGAAUUCAUUUAAAAUCUAAUUCAUUGUAAGAAAGCUGUAACUGCACAUUCAUUGGGGGAGUGGUUUGGACACAUUGGCCAGAAAAUCCUCAUGAAGUGAACAGAGUCAGAGCAGAAAAAAUAUGGUAAUGGUAGUUGAGUGGGGAGGCGUCAGUGUCAUCUUGUUGAGCAAGUGACGGGCAGAUGUGACUUUGAAAUCUGGUUUGGCUAAUGGGUGUAGAUUGGAUUCUGCCUCCCUUCUCUUUCACUGCCUCUUUCACUCACACAUAGACAGAGCUGCAGUGCUAUUCUGAGAGAGUUAGCUGCCUCAUCCCACGCACAGAAUCUGAGAAAGAGAGAAAGGCAGAACGAGGUAGAAAAGAGGAGAAGGAGGGAGCAAGAGACUGACUACAAGGAGGUUUACAGAAUGCCUACUACACUCUCACAUGCACACAAAGCCUUUUUUACAGUUGCACAUUCUCCCUUUUUAAUUGUUCUAACAGCAUGAUGUACAGUCUUGAUUAGCACUCUUCUCGUGUGUGGCAUUGACUGUAUUUGCAGAUCUGUUUGGCGGUGCUGUUUGUGUGAUGUGCUAUGUUGUAUUGCAGACACUCUGGCUGACACAUUCCAGGUUUGUCGCCGUGUAAACCCGAAGACAAUUCUGGAAAUCAAGCAGAACAUUAAGAAACGACAGAAGAACACUUUGGGAACAUUAGUCAGUGGGAGAACUGCUGCCUUUGUGUCUCUGUUUUUUCCUCAGCUGAACUCUCCUCAGAAGGUCAGAGGAGCAUGUAACUGAAACAAGUGGAGCUCUCAGUGAUUUCAGCAUUCUGUCUCCCCCAUCUGUGCCUACAUUCUCCGCUGCAGAUAGGGACGUUUCUGAUAAUUACAUAUAAUUAUAAUUUCUGUGGGAGACAGAUCUGCCUCUGUCUAUUAUUGCCAACACCUCCAACACAAUAACUUCACACAUUUACAUAUUUCUCAACAAAAGUGAUAUUCUUUGAACCUCAGAGACAAAUCAGGAAUAAUUUUACUUAGAGAGACAUGUCACAUGGAGACGCAAUGUGCCAUUCAGUUCAUAUCUAAUUAUUAGUGAUACGGUUGAAUAACACGGGUAACUUUUUGUGCCUAAAAGCUGAAUAGAAAGCAUUUAAAAUAUCUGUGACGUUUGCCUCAUUCUGCAGUGUGUUUUACAGGCUGGGAGUCGUUUCCUUGGUUUAUGCUUACUCCUAAUUUUCAGAUGUUACAGUCUUCUAGCACUUAAGCUGAGCCUCCCUCAUUAUCACCCCUCAGCCCAAUCACAGUAACAAUCCGUGCCAGCCAGGCGACUACGGAUGCACAUUAAUCCAACCAUAGAAAAGAUUGAGAUCAAGUACAGUGUAUCUAUAGAUGUGACGAGUUCAUGCCUAACAAGUUAAAAUGGAGUUAUGUCCCCACUCCAGAGAAACAUGGCAUCAUUAAUAGACAGUGUUCAUCAGUGGUGCAGUCUGUUAAUCCCAUUUGAUUGUUUACAAUGUUGAUACACACAAAAUAUAUGAAAAUAAAUAUAAAUUUCAUACUAAUUUCCAGAAAAGAAUUGCUCACAGCUUAAAUAAGUGCCACUUUUGAAUGUAUGUUGUGUCAGACUAAAAUAGUACAAAACAGAUUCAACAGUUUACAUUUGAUAAAUCACUGGCCAUAGACCAUAUUGUUGAAGUGCCAUGGUCAGCACAGGAAUGUAUAGGACUGCAGUAUUUUAUUGAAAAUCCAUGCUACUCAUUUUUACUGGCCUUUGUGUGUACAAAAAUGUAUUCCUUCCAGCAGCACGUCAGAUAUUUGUUAUUUUGUUAAGUGGGAAGUGUAGAACAAGGCAUUAAGGACUAAAAGCAUGAAGAUUGUUGUUUUCAAUUUGUCCUUUUUACAAAGCUGCAUCCAUUUUAGUGUUCUACUUGAGAGGAAAAAAGAUAAAGUCAUCACACAUUCAGAGUUCCUUUCUAGCAGUAAAUUAAAACCCCUUUAAUACCAUUAUCGAAAACUAUUGAAACAUAUUAACUGUUUUUAAUAGUGUUAGACCUUUUCAUCUGUAUUGUUCCUGACCGUUUCUAAUAUUACACCAUAUAAAUACUCAGCUUUUGACAAAACAAAAAAACAGGCUUCAAAUUUCAUCCUCCAACAUGACUGAAUGAAACUACUGAUACAUCAUCAAUAUCCAGUAGGUUAUACAUGCUACUUGAAUAUUUCACAUGACAUUUUAGUAGGUUAAACUGCAAAAGCGGAUACAGUGUUGCAACUGCAUUGACUCAACAACAGAAAAUAGAUCUCUUAGUCAUGUAAAAAUGACGCCCACCACCAAUCUCAGAGUCCUCGCUGUCUCCCUUCUCUCCCUCCUUACUGCCCCACUCACCACUGUUGUGGAGACCUCUCCGUCCCCCCCUCCUCAGCAAAUAGAGCGCUCAGUGAGGCCUUUUACUGAGCAGCCCAAGCCUGGCCCCAGCCCCCCUGUCCUGCUCCUCGCCAUGCAGUCCAAUAUCAGGCCAGCUGCUCUCCAAGGCAGGACCAAAACUCCUGAGAAACUUCCAGAAACUUCAGAGGGAGUUCUGGAGGCGCCGCCGAGAGCCCUUCCCCAGGUCAUGUUUCCCAAGAAUGUGACGUCAUCAGAUGCCCUCGCAUCUCCCUUAGCCGCCGCCCAGGUAGCGCCCAUUCGACCCCGCAUGAUAGACAUAUGGAUUGAUGUAUGUCGGGGUUACUAUGAUGUAAUGGGACACUUUGACAGCGCUUUCAACUGCUCCAAGGACACCUUCAUCUUUUGCUGUGGAACCUGCCACUACCGCUUCUGCUGCCCAGAGCGUAGCCGGCAACUGGAGCAGGACAGCUGUAAAAACUAUUACUCUCCAGACUGGGCCAAGCCACAGACAGACGCCAUGAUAUUACCAGAGGAAUUGGGUAAUGACCCAGACUUUGAUCCACUGAAGCAGCAGAGCCACAACACGGGCUUCGUCAUCGGAGGCGUGAUUGUGUUCAUGGUGGCUGUCGCCGUGGGCAUCAAGGUAGUCUUCAACAAGGUGCAACAGGAAGCCAACCAAAGGGACCUCAAUAUGCCCAGAGCCCUGGUUGACAUGUUGCGGCACCAGUCGAGCCCAGUCCAGCAGGAUGAGAGAAACAACAGCGUGGCUUUAGCUGUAGGGGAUGGACAGGGGACACUGGGGAGACCUCCGAAAAAUCUUUACGCCCCAGGACUGCCCAGCAAGGACAACAGAUUGGGCAAUUUGCAACACAAUUUCAUCCACUCUUCAGGCACCAGCCCCAAACACACCGCAACUAUCGAACGCACCCCUCGAAUGAACAAUGCUCAGCUGGCAGCUGGAGGCACCCUGCUUUCCAGUAAACACAACAACACCAAAUCCCAGCCUGCCUUUCACCACUCCCUGCACAACCUGGCUCAGCUGCCGCCCUCCUAUGAGAGUGCCACCAAGCCUGAGCUCAACAGAUACUCCUCACUCAAACGCCUCGAGAAAGGUCUUGAUGAGUACUCGUCUGGUUACUGCACCACCAAGCGCCGGCCUCACACAGCCCAGCCGGCCCUCCAGUCCUCUCAGCACCACCUCCACUGGGGUGGAGACUACACCCUCAGUGGGAGAGGAACCCUCCCCAGGCACGCAGUUCGUCCUUGGAUCCCGCCGCCGCCUUCUGGCAUGCCUGCCUCACCCACCCCAAAUCCUUACCCUCUGGAUCCCCCGGAGCCCCAGUACAACCCCAAUUACGACACUCUCUCCAAGCCAAGGAAAGUUAAAUCCACUGACCAGCUGCUCAACAUGGGUGACGUCCCUGGCAACACAGGGACACUGUCUAGGUUGUCCAAGAACCAGCAACACCAGUACUAUAAAGCCAUGGUUGCCUCCAAUAAGAACUCCAACACGCAGACCCUCACCAGGAAGACCCAGGACAGGCAAGACAGGCAGGAGAGGCAGGACAGGCAGGAACGGCAAGACAGACAGGAACGGCUGCUCAUGUCCCCGGAUCAUUUGGAGGAAAGGAUGGGGGUCGGCGGGAUGGGGGUUGUAGAUCCAUACGCCCACACAGGAGGGGUUGUCCCCACGCUGCCUCGCCAGCAGAAGGCCCAGUCCCAGCAGAACGUCUGCGCCACGCCCUCCCUCGACCGACACCACAUGAUCAAGAUGAACUCUCACCCCACUUCCGGACGAGAGCAGGAGAGGAACACGGCCAUGACAGGGCACAUGAGCGGGGGCAUGGGCUGGGCAGGGGAAGCUCCUGGGGCGGGGGUAGUCAUGGGAACAGGAACACUAGGGGGCCACAGUGCCAGGAGGAUGGCUUUUGCAGCGAAAAGGCAGAACACCAUUGAGCAGCUACAUUUCAUACCGGGAGGGGGCGGUGGGGGGUCAGCAGGAAGUGGAGGAGGGAGUCAGGGGAUCAGGACGGGGAGUAAAAAUGAGGUGACGGUGUGAGGUUUGUGCCUGAGUUUACCCCUCAUCAAAGGUAUGGGAUUAGAUCACCCUUCUGCAUAUAACUAUUAGAUAUACAAGAUUAGAUAUACAACUACAAUAAAUAAAACUAGAAGUAUAAAGUAUAGUAACAGUAUAACGUGUUUAGGCUAUUGAAAUUAGUGUAAUCUUGUAAUUAAAUAGCUUAAAUAUGAUUACUUAAUUAAAAAUCUAGGUGGGGAACCUGUUCCAAUUAUGUGAUAGCCUACAUCAGCCAUAUUUUGUAACACAAUUUGCCAUAUUGCCAUAUACAGCGGUGCCAUUACUUGUAGAAAGAGUGACUGGAAGGGUGAAAAAAACAACAACAGAAGUGUCGUUCAUAAUUUUGUUUUUAUAUAUGUUUUUCAAAAAGUACUCAGGAGCCAUAUUAGAUAGGGAAUAAAACGAUAUUAUAUAUAUAUAUAUAUAUAUAUAUAAUAUUGUUUAUCGUUUAUAUAUAUAUAUAAAAGGUCGAUGAAGAGGAGGACCGUGUGGAAUAUUGUAUCACAGAAUUUAAUAGAGAAUUGAGCCAACUACCUGUUGGACGGUCAACCUGCUCAGAUGUCGUUGACAAUUAUUUAUUAAACUGAACCUCAUGAGUGAGAAGCCCGGUGGACCAGAUGAGUGUGAAUGAACCGUGUGCCUGGUGAGGGAUUUUGGAGAUCUGACACUCAACCUCAUCCUGACACAGGGAGACAGAACUGUUUUUUGUUGCUUCCUAUGUAAUUGAGCGGACAAGGUGGAGGCUGUUUCUGACUGGGACGCAGCAGCCUGACACUCUUGGCAGGACUCCUGCGCCCGACUUAAACCGCGGACGUAUCCACAUCACCAAUCUGACGCCUGGGUUGCCUAGUUUUCCAUGUGACCUUAGAUCAAAUCCCCAGAGCGACUCACUCUCUGCUACACUACAGGAGUGUAAACGGAUGUUAGAUUACGUUAUGUUCCCAUCUAUAGAUCAGGACCUAACUGUAAAAACAAUGGGCUACCAAAUAAUAUAGAGCCAUCUGUCAUGUUAUUACAAAAAUAUCUUGACAUAAACAUAGACUAAUGAAGAGACGCAUGUGUUCAGUUUACCAAUUAAAAAGGCAACUUGCUUAAAUGCAGGCUGUGAAAGAAGAGCAAAGAUUUUUCUACAGAGCACAAAUGAAUAGACCGUGACGCAGAGGUUGCACUUACACAACUGUCCUUCAAAGCCAUUUAUGGAGAUACAAAGAAAAUACCACAGAGGAAGCUGGUCUGACAAUCACCAUUUUAUUAUUCUCACCAGAUGACAAGUGAUAACAAGCCAGUGAUAUUUUGUACAGUCAAAGAAUUGGCUUCAGAGCAAGCCAAAACAACAUCUCUGAGUCAGGGGAGAGGGCGACCUGAGGCCUUCUCCUGCGUGGCUCCAAAUGCCGUAAGAGACUCGGAUGUUUAGGAAGCCCUCCCCAUCCUCAAGACGAAGACCUUGCUGUAUCAUAACGCACUUAAGCCAGUAUGAGUAUAAAAAAGAUUAAAAAAAUAAAAAAAACAGAAAAGAUAAAAAAAAAUCUUCAUCAAUAACAACGCUUAUCAAUACUAAGGGCUAUCCUAUCCUAUAUACUGUAGUAUGUGAUAUCUGUGGUCCAUAUAAAAUACUAUCUCUUUCUCUUGAUUUUGUGUUGAUAUUGUCAUGAUGUAUUAAGUAUUAAUGUGUACAAAAAACAAGAGCAAUUUAAGCACAGUUCAAAGAGAAACACCGCGACAAAAACACUUUGCACAAAUCUUUCCCCUGAUAUUUGCACCAGAUACAAACCUACUUUGUAUCGUGUCCUCAAGGUUUACAUUCUGUACAAGCACGGCUGACAAUGUGACAAUGGAGGGUAUUGUAUUGAGAGAGGAUUAUUUUUAUCAACAUGAAAUCAGAGAUAAUUACGCAGAUCAGAAAAGGAACUUGUUUGUUUUUGUUCAGUCAUGUGAAAGGAUACAGAGAUGAAAUACUGAUAAACAGAAACACAGAAUUCAUUUGAACAAUCUUCCUAUACACAGUGCUAAAUGUAGUUGUUCUGAAUAUGAUGGAGUGUUAUUAUUAAUAAUUAUUAUAACUGUUAUGGUUAUUAUUAACAAUUAUCUUAUGAUGUGAUGUUCUUUUACUUGGUGGGAUUUAAGUGUUUAUUGUUUUUAGAUAACUAGCAUUCUCAUGACUAGUUGUUUUUUUUCAUACAUCUGGUCAUAAAUUCAAGUUUUUAAAAACAUUCCAAAUCUUGAUGCAUGCCAGCUCCAUUUCAUUGAGAGGCAGUUACAGUAUGCCUGGAUUUUAAGGUCAUCGAUGCCUAUAUGGCCAAUUUUCCAGCUGUAUGUACUGUGCCUAGACAUCGACCUUAUGACUUCUUGAUCUCAAGUGAUUACUUAGGUUUCCACUCGGGUACAAAAAUAUCUAUUGAAAAAAUCUGCAGCCUUCUUAACGUAUGUCUAGACGACAGUGUUGUGCAGGAUAGAUGUUUUUGGGACGGGCCAGAAGUUAUUAACCAGACUGGAGGCGGUCUGUUGUCUCCACUGCAGCAGCCUGACCCAAUAAUAUUAUGGGUUGUACACACUAAACCCAUGAUGCCAUAAUGUAUGUGUGUUUCAGAUGAAUGUUUAUUACAUAAGGUGGAGGAAAAACGGAGGUUUAAUGGAAAGCUCAAUGCUUUGAGUGUCUUUUUCAGGGAAAUAGGACAGGUGACAUACAGUAGUAUUAGAUUUUUUUAAUAGCGCCACAAAAGGUCUGUAGCAAAGUCUGUAAUAUCUCACAAGCCAUAUCCAUCAAAACUCAUCAUCACAAUUUUAUAAAUGGUUAAUCUAAUUUGUGCAAGUAUUGUAUUUUGUAUAGCUAGUACAAUCAGAAUAUUUUGAGUGAUCUCUUCGACAUUAAUUUGAGGAUUCAACAAAUUAUGUGUUAGUAUUUAAUGAAUUGUACAGUGCCAAACUCAUAACAUUUUGUUGUCUUUCUAUUGUCAUAGCCUCCUACAAAACUACAGUGGUUAUUUAUUUUAUUACAACUGAGAACAAACACACAGGCAAGUGAGCUAAAAAGCUAGUUAUCAGAAAGAAAUUAAUGAAUAUGGUGUGUGUUUUUACCAUUAUGAAUUUGUUUAGAGAGAGGAUGGCUAAUGGCCACCUGACUAAAGCAUUACUAACAGUAAAUUGUAUGGACAGGGACGCAGGGACGUUGUCCAGUAAUGAAAUUCAUGGAUUUAUUUUCAUGCCUAUAAAUUUCAAAACAACCCUUUUGUUAUUGUUCAAUGCAUUGAUCCCCUUGGAUACAACAGUGACUUACAAAGAAUUUGUAUAAUAAAGUUGGUGGAAAAAAUG